AAUCACUACAAAGUCCUAUUAAAACGUACAUCCUGGGCUUUGUUGCACAUUGAAAUGUGAGAAAUUGAGGUCAUAGCGUGAUCUUUCUCAUAGCUGACUCUCUGCAUGAGAAUGUGUGUAUGAUCCUCCCCCUCACCUGUGGCCAGGAUAUCACGCAGCAGCACCUCUGCGACCCGCUGACGGUGUCCCUGAUUGAGAAGUGCACCCGAUUUCACAUCCACUGUGCCCACUUCAUGUGUGAGGAGCCUAUGUCUUCUUUUGAUGCCAAGAUCAAUAAUGAGAACCUGACCAAGUGCCUGCAGAGCCUGAAGGAAAUGUACCAGGACCUGAGAAACAAGGGCGUCUUCUGUGCCAGCGAAGCGGAGUUCCAGGGCUACAAUGUUCUGCUCAGUCUCAACAAGGGAGACAUUCUAAGCAGGUGUUGGGAUGAUAGGAGGAGUCUUGCUUUUGCUGUGCAGUCUGCUGAGCUGAGCUGGGGGAAGAGCGAUGGGGUUGUGCACGGGACCAGCAUACCUGAUGUAGGCCCCACAUGCUCGCUUCUGAGAACUGUUUCUCCUCACCAGUGAGAGACAUGAGGAAGGAAUCCUCCUAGUGAGACAGGUGAGUGAACCAGGAGAGGGAGUUCUAGCUGCCCUGCAGGGUUGUUAGCUCCCUGUUUCCAAAUAGUUCUGUCAAAGAUCCAAAUAAGAAGAGAGGAAAAAAAUUGUGUGAAACAAAAAUGCUAAGAAUGGGGUAGUAAGAAUGAAUGAAUUUAAAACCCUGGUCUGACCCGUCAUUGAGAAGUCUGGCAAGCUCUCUGGCCCCUGCUUGUGGUGGU